AGCAACAAACAUUACCGAGCUAGCAAUGCGAGCUAGCCGCUCUCGUGCGCAACGUAGCUAACUCGGAGCCUUGAGCAGCGGGGUGGGGGCGACACCUUUUCAGCGGGCAAAUGGCACGAAUUUAGCGGCGUCGAGAGCUAACCUUGGGCAAGUCAACGUCAAAGAGUCACUUUCUUCACCUAAUAGUGUGCGACACCGGAUGACUUGGAACCUUAUUGUGCAGGGGUGCUUGCAUCACAUCGCCGCCCACGCUAAGGUGAGACCAACGACAGGUGCGACGCCACCAUGCUGGAGGAGGACAUGGAAGUGGCCAUCAAGGUGGUCGUGGUGGGCAACGGUGCCGUGGGAAAGUCCAGCAUGAUCCAACGCUACUGCAAGGGAGUCUUCACCAAGGACUACAAAAAGACCAUCGGCGUGGACUUUCUGGAAAGACAGAUCAUUGUGAACGACGAGGAUGUCCGCCUCAUGUUGUGGGACACCGCUGGCCAGGAGGAGUUUGAUGCAAUCACCAAGGCGUACUACCGCGGCGCCCAAGCGUGCGUGCUGGUCUUCUCCACAACAGACAGAGAUUCCUUUCAGGCAAUCGACAACUGGAAGGAGAAGAUCGAAGCCGAGGUGGGAGAUAUCCCAGCAGUCUUGGUGCAGAAUAAGAUUGACCUCCUGGAGGAAACACUUAUAAAGAACGAGGAGGCAGAGGGUUUAGCCAAGAGGCUUAAAUUGAGAUUUUACAGAGCUUCAGUCAAAGAAGACCUAAAUGUCACAGAGGUGUUUAAGUACUUAGCAGAAAAGUACCUUCAACAACUCAAACAGCAAACAGCAGAGGAGACAGAGGCAGUAAACACCAAUAGCAACAAAAUAGGCGUUUUUAAUACCACAAGUAGUAAUGUCUGCAACCAAAACUCCAGCAAUGGCAGAGAAGUCAUCACACUUCGACCUAACAAACAAAGGACCAAGAAGAGUAAAAAUCCAUUCGGGAGUUGCAGCCUCCUCUAGAAGACUACAUUGAGUUCAUUUUUUUGCAGACCAUCAGCAGGUAGCCUCAGUUAGAAACCAAAGUCCACAAAGACUGGGAAUGAUCUCAGUAAUUAUACUUAAAUAACAAUCAGAUGAUGCUUAUUAUAUUUUUCCCCCAAAUGCAAUGCAGGAACAAUCUCAUAUUAUAAAUUGAGAGAGAGGACCGAUCAAAAGUUUUGACUUUUUGUGUAAUUUUAACCUGCCUGAACUUGAAAAGGCUGAGAUAAUAGAGGACAUUUUAUCAAGUAGGAUUAUGUCAUACCUAUUACAGAACUAUUUUCAGGACCUUGCCAGGUUAGGUUGAUAACAUUAAAGGGGACCUAUGAUGAUUUUAAUGUACUUUGCUUUGUGUCAAUUUUGCUCCACAGUCAUAUUUAUAACCUCGGCUUUGAGCCCACCCCUCUCCAAAAUAUCGUAAUUAUGAAAAUGUACACUGGUAAAUAUAUAUCUGGAAGACAAAAAUCACUGUUAUUUUUUUCCAAACACAGCCAAAAAUUAUCUUCAUAAACAGUAAAUAGAUUCACCGGUCACAACAUUAGGUACACCUGCUCAUUUGUAGGUUGGCACAGAGCUGCAUAAAAAAGCUGCUUAUACCAGAAUUUCUGUCACUGCAUGUACUGAUGCUACCUUCUCUUGUGGGCCCUCAAACCAAGUUGUAAUUUUUCCGUCAAAGUUUAGCGGCUAAUCCAGUUUCGUAGGGACCCAUGUUGACAGGCGGGAGGGCAUUAGACGAGAAGGAAUGACAUUAGGUCAGUAUGUAUGAGAAUGCCCACAUAUGUACGGCCGUCAAUCUGUGAUGUCACAAAUAGCCAACUGUUAAAAAAGACUGCAAAACCGCCAACUAUAACAAACUCACGCCCAAAUGCUUAAACCUUAUGAUUUGACGCUUUAACACAAUUAUUGUAGCAUUUAUAAGUUAGAAAAUAGGAAAAUCCUCAUAGGCCCCCUUUAACUUAAAAAGGGAAUAUUAUCAAAUAACCUGCGUCUAAAUGAUUUCUAUCUAACAGAAUAUUUUAUAGACAACGAUAGUUAUUACAUACCAGUGGUCAUUUUCAGUUGAAAUUAAAUCAAUCAAAGUUACAAAAUCCGUAGCAUGGUUAUUAUUAGCAUCAUUAUCAUCAAAAACAUGGUCACAACAAUUGGAUAACUAUUUGUUCUGUCAUCUGGUGUUUCAUAUUUACCAGCAUAUUUUGAAAUACGCCACGAGAAAGUGCGUUUAAACUUUUUGACGGUAUCGUAUAUUCCGCAAAGUCGACAUAUAGUUUUUGGGGCGGGGUUACAUUAUAUACUAGCCUAAUAAAAACCUGCAUCUUUUUUUUUUCAUUUUUUAUGGAUUUUUGUCAGUACUUAAGUCGAUAAGAUGGAAUUCAUCAUUUUCACCAACUACUGUACUCUUAAUAUGCUCAUAAUGCAUAGAAAAUCCUAAAUAUAUUCAGUAUGAACAUAAUUUUCUUUUUUUUUUUUAGAUUAUUUUUUCUCCUCGUACGUCAUCUCAUUUGAGGUGAUUUUUUUUCCACUGCUUUUUAUUUAGACAGUUGUACACCUGUUCAUCUUUAUGUAUUAUCGAGGACGUGCUGAGUAUUUUUUAACACACACACGGUUUCUUUAAUGAUGGUUGGAUGCAUUUUUUUCAUACAAAUCCUAAGUGUUGCAUAUAUUGAGGUGUUAACAGCUUCAAGGUGCCAAUUAUUUCCUGUUUUAACACAAACCUAGUUGAAUGUAACUUUCAAAAAGUCAAUUAUGCUAACCAAAAACACUAUUUUGAAGUUCAUUAACCACAUUUUAGCUCUCUGACACAUUUACCUUAACUUCAAGUCACAACUACAUGUUUUUUAGUGCUGUUAAAUGAGUAUUUUUCAAAAGCAGAUUAAUCACACUUUUUUAAUUUAGAUUAUUUAUGAUUAUUCACAGAUUAUUACUGGCAUACAUAUUUAAAUUAACUUUAAAAAGGUCUAAAUAUAUAAACACAAUUGAAACUUUGUCAGCAUGUCAUCCAGGAAUUUUUUUUUUAAGUAUGAUCCUUGAAUGCACUACGUUUACCGUAUUUUCCUGAUUAUUGUAUAUAAGCCGCACCCACUAAAUUUGAGAAGAAACAAAUAUUUUAAUUGCACCGGACUAGCAGAUAUAUAUAUUGUGAAAUUAGUUAUUUGCAGAUUAAUAUUUUGUAUAUGUUUAUUUACACAUCUUAAUUGUUUCCAAACGGUGUCUGUAACACGGCAGUAAAACGGAUGAUUAAACAAAACAGAAGUCAUCAUCAUGAACCCACUAGCUGUAGAAGCGAGCUCUCCAAUCAGGUAAACAGAAUCAAUAAGUCCACGGUGACAAUUUGGUGAAUUUGCUGACAAACUUGUGAAACUGGAACAAUACAAACAGAAUACCAUUGUAAAUUAAUAGUACUAACACUGAUAACAAAACAGUAACAGUUUUGUAACUAAGAAUGGUUUUAGUUAUAUUGUAAAACUUAAACGUUGCUAGGAAUUAUGAAUGAAGAAUCCAUACGAGUGCAAAAGUCGUCAGGGUAUAUUUUGAAGUGAGCUCACCAGUCGGAGCCUCCUCACUCUACUUUGCACUUACACGUAUGCAUUAAUCUGAUCACUGACCGUACCAACACGCACAUUUCAGGUAACCAUCUGCGGCUAAGGUAAAGGAGCAUGUAAGUACAGUAAAAAAAUAAUAAUACCGCAUUUUUCGGAGUAUAAAUCGCUCCGGAGUAUAAGUCGCACCGGCCGAAAAUGCAUAAUAAAGAAGGAAAAAAACAUAUAUAAGUCGCAUUGGAGUAUAAGUCGCAUUUUUUGGGGAAAUGUAUUUGAUAAAACCCAACACCAAGAAUAGACAUUUGAAAGGCAAUUUAAAAUAAAUAAAGAAUAGUGAACAACAGGCUGAAUAAGUGUACGUUAUAUGAGGCAUAAAUAACCAACUGAGAACGUGCCUGGUAUGUUAACGUAACAUAGUAUGGUAAGAGUCAUUCAAAUAACUAUAACAUAUAGAACAUGCUAUACGUUUACCAAACAAUCUGUCACUCAUAAUUGCUAAAUCCCAUGAAAUCUUAUACGUCUAGUCUCUUACGUGAAUGAGCUAAAUAAUAUUAUUUGAUAUUUUACGGUAAUGUGUUAAUAAUUUCACACAUAAGUCGCUCCUGAGUAUAAGUCGCACCCCCGGCCAAACUAUGAAAAAAACUGCGAUUUAUAGUCCGAAAAAUACGGUAAUCUGCGUAAAUACAUGAUUGAUACGAUAAUUUUUUUGUGAUUUUUGACAGCCCUACUUUUUAUUCUGUAUUUACAGUGGAACAUACGCGAUUGUACUAAGCAAUCCUGUUUUAAGUUACAUUUUCUGUUCUAUGGUCAUCAUCACACUUAUCCUUUUGGCCGUCACUGGCGCACAACAUAAGGAUGGCGUUAAUCCUUUAGAGCAGGGCUAUUCAACUGGUGGUACGCGGGCCAAAUCCAACCUGGGAAUGACACUGAACCGGCCACAUGAGUUCCGUUCGAAUCUAACAUUUUUCUGACAAAUCCAACAUUUUUGCAGCAAAUUCCUAAAAACCCAGGGCUGUUAUUCCGAAAUGUGUAAUUCCGACCAAAUAAAUGUCCACUGCAGACGAUGCUGGUUCUCAAAAGAAGAAGAAUAGUAAAGGGGGAAUUGUUCGAGGGCAAAUGUGGCCCCUCGAACAAUUAGUUCAAUUUCCCUAAGCUGAGAUGACUUGUGUGAACGGCAACGUUUUGUUUUGUAUUAUGAGGUGUACUGCCUUUGGGGUGUUCCACUUUGGAGGUAUUUACACGUUCGGUACAAUUUAAGUGCCACUUUUACAUUUUUCCAUGCAUUACAUAAAGCACAACAUUUCAAACUUUAUUCCUAUUGUUUGGUUCUUGUGACUUUGUUCCGUUGCAGUAAUAGUACUGAUUUGAAAACACACUAUGUACAGUAUCAAAACUUCAGCCACUUUAAUGAGGACGCAGAGCGCAUGAGAAAGUGGAACGGACGACAUACUGUAGCUCUCUUGAACCCACACGAGCGGUUAUUGACGAGUAAAUUGCGCAACACAGCCGCAGCAACAGUGUUGUAAUAGUGGCGAGGCGCAAACUGCUCAGUCAGCAUUAAUGAGUUCAACGUAAACAACGGUACAACAAGCGUAGCGAUAUUACUGACCACUUGUGAUACGUUUGCUGCCAUCAUGUGGCGGUAACGAGUACAUCAGGAGGUUGCUUUUGUUGACACGUUGAAACUACAGCAGGAGAGAAAGCGUUUACGGUCAUUCGGACAUCAAGGAGCGAUGUUGGUGACGACAAGUGAUAAUCGAUUGUUUGAUCAGUAAAAAUGUUGAUUGUGUGGCUUUGAUAGUGCAUCACUUCUUGCAACCAGCAGAGGCGCUGUUGAGUACGUCUCAACACGUUUUCCACACAAACCAGUCCCUCCAGGAUUUUGCGAUGUUGCGAUCGCGCAAAUUCAACCAGCUUCCCCGCUUAUUUUGAACAAUCCUCGCAAUUUUCCCCAACCAAAUUUGUCUUUGAGUGGCGCUCAAGCGCGCGCAUCAACUUUCUUGUCAAACUUUGUUUCUUGUGUAGACGAAGCAGGAACAACAAUGCGUUACUCAAACGGCACACUUGUCAUUUUCAAGCGUAGCUGAGACUUGCGUCCUGUUCCUGCGCUAAGCCCACCAGGUAAUGUAGUAUAUAAACCUUUACUCCCUAGUUUGUAUGUAUUUAUAUAUUUAUUUUGCCUUUAUUUAACCAGGAUAAGACAAUUAAGAACAUAUUUUCAUUUGCAAUUUUACCAUGAAUUGAUUAACGUGGACCCUGACUUAAAUAAGUUGAAAAACUUAUUCGGGUGUUACCAUUUAGUGGUCAAUUGUACGGAAUAUGUACUGUACUGUGCAAUCUACUAAUAAAAGUCUCAAUCUCAAUCAAUCAAACCUAGCAAAGAGGCAACAUUUACAUGUUUGAGAUGUUGAUGUGUGAUGAUAAUAUCUCAUCGUUUCUCAUUUACAAACAAAAAGUACCUCUAUAGAUUGAUCUCAACCGUUCACAAAUGCUGUUGGAACAUAAAUGAAUGUUUUAGACUUAGACUCAGAUAAACUUUAUUGAUCCACAAGGGAAAUUGUUCCACACAGUAGCUCAGUUUCAAAGGAUGGAAAGGAUAAUGCAGGUAUUAAGUAGACUAAAAAUGUACCAUAGUAUCCAUCCAUCCAUCCAUCUUCUUCCGCUAAUCCGAGGUCGGGUCGCGGGGGCAGCAGCUAAAGCAGGGAAGCCCAGACUUCCCUCUCCCCAGCCACUUCGUCCAGCUCUUCCCGGGGAAUCCCGAGGCGUUCCCAGACCAGCCGGGAGAGAUAGUCUUCCCCGUGGCCUCCUACCGAAACACCUUUCUAGGGAGGCGCUCGGGUGGCAUCCUGACCAGAUGCCCGAACCACCUCAUCUGGCUCCUCUCGAUGUGGAGGAGCAGCGGCUUUACUUUGAGCUCCUCCCGGAUAACAGAGCUUCUCACCCUAUCUCUAAGAGAGAGCCCCGCCACCCGGCGGAGGAAACUCAUUUCGGCCGCUUGCACCCGUGAUCUUGUCCUUUCGGUCAUAACCCAAAGCUCAUGACCAUAGGUGAGGAUGGGAAUGUAGAUCGACCGGUAAAUCGAGAGCUUUGCCUUCCGGCUCAGCUCCUUCUUCACCACAACGGAUUGAUACAGCGUCCGCAUUACUGAAGACGCCACACCGAUCCGCCUGUCGAUCUCACGAUCCACUCUUCCCCCACUCGUGAACAAGACUCUGAGGUACUUAAACUCCUCCACUUGGGGCAAGAUCUCCUCCCCAACCCGGAGAUGGCACUCCACCCUUUUCCGGGAGAGAACCAUGAACUCGGACUUGGAGGUGCUGAUUCCCAUAGUAUGUAUAGUGAUGUACCAUAGUAGCAAUAUAAAAUAUAACAUGUAUGUAAUAUUUACAUAUUAUAUAUACAGUAUAUAAUAUAUACUGAUAGGCUCCAGCACCCCCCGCGACCCCAAAAGGGACAAGCGGUAGAAAAUGGAUGGAUGGAUAUACAAUAUACAACAAAUCCCAAUUACCAUGUACAAUAUUACAGUACAGUAUACAGCAGGCAGCACGAUGGUAGAGGGGUUAGUGUGUCUGCCUCACAAUACGAAGGUCCUGGGUUCGAUCCUGCGCUCAGGAUCUUUCUGUGUGGAGUUUGCAUGUUCUCCUUGGGACUGUGUGGGUUCCCUCCGGCUUCCUCCCACCUCCAAAGACAUGCACCUGGGGAUAAGUUGAUUGGCAACACUAAAUUGGCCCUAGUGUGUGAAUGUGAGUGUGAAUGUUGUCUGUCUAUCUGUGUUGGCCCUGUGAUGAGGUAGCGACUUGUCCAGGGUGUACCCGGCCUUCCGCCCGAUUGUAGCUAAGAUAGUCUCCAGCACCAAAAAGGGAUACGUGGUAGAAAAUGGAUGGAUGGAUGGAUAUGUAACAGCAAAAAAAAAAAAGGGCAGCAUAAAAUAGAGAGUAGAUCCAACAGAAAAUAUGCAUUAUAAACAAAGAGAGGUAGCUAACAUAGAAGCGGUCAGGUAAUUGACAGAUAUCAUCUAUUGGGUGGGCAGGAUUGUCCAUGAUGGCGAGCAGUUUGUCCAGUGUCCUCCUGUCCCUCACUGACACAAACGUCUCCAACUGCGUGCCAAUAGUUUGGCCGGCUUUCCGGAUCAGUUUGUCAAUCUGGUUUAAGUCCCUUUUGCUGGUGCUGCUGCCCCAACAAACCACUGCAAAGUACAGGGCACUGGCCACAACUGACUUUUAGAUGCACAAACCCUUUUCAAGGUUAAUAUAAAGACAGAGAAUGUCUGCAACUUGUGGACGACCGAGCAGGCAAAGGACAAAAAGGAAGACUUUUGGCAGUGAUUCUUUCUGUAAUUAUUAUUAUUAUUAUUAGUCAUAAUUGAUUAAAACUGUACAGUGAGUGUGCUUUUACUGCCAUCUUGUGUCUAGUGUGCAGUAUAAAACGAGUAAAACAUCAAUACAGAAAUAUUUUUCCGAUGUUUCUUUCAAUUCUGUGCUUUUUCAGGUUCAAAUUUCAGUAGAUUCAAUGUUAUUGAAAAAAAAGAAUCCUCAAAAUAUUGCAUCUUUUGCCGCUGCUUUCAGAAAAAGCCGCUGCGAAUUCGGGCAUUUUAGGCCACGACAAUCACCAAAAAAGCCAGCGAAAUCCUGCAGGGACUGAUAAAGAACACACCGCCAAUAAAAAAAACUCCCCCUGUCAAUAUAACACUGGCAUGGAAAAAGGAGUUCAGGACUUUCAGGGAGAGUGCUGCAAUAUGCAACAAAUAUGGAAGUAUAUGACGAGAAGUUGGUCUCAGAAGCACAUGAGCUGUUGCAGAAAUGUGAACUCAUCAUAAAACCUUUUUCUUUUUUUACAUAGGUGAGUCACACCUGCAUGCCUAAUUGUUGUUAAUGCUCUUUUGGAAGUGAUUGUGCUAUCCAACAUUCAAAUGAUUGAUGAUGUAAUAAUAACAGUACUAUUAUAAGAAGAAAAAAAGUGGUCUAAUUGUGUUGCAUGCAAAAAAAAAAAAAAGCCUUUGUGAGCAAUCGGUGAAGGUUUUAUUAGGGUUGUUACGCCACAAUGCCUUAAUCACGUUUACAUUGUCGACCUCAAGGAAGCACUCCAAGCCCUCACACUUGCACAUAAUCCAUUCUUUAUUCUCACUUUCUGCUUCUUCAAUUUCACGCACUUUAUCAGUAAAAUAGUCAAACUAAUAACCGGGAAAUUAGAAUGAAUCAUGUGUGCUGUGACUCAGGUGUGUUUAUUCUCACAUUCAGUCAGAAACAUCCAGAAACACGUUUGAAGUCUUUUUGACGACAAUAAUUCAUCAUUGGGUUUUUUUUUUUUGGUUUUGAUCGAAUGUAACUUGACCUAUGCCACACGGCUGUUUUGAUGUAUAUUAGGCAUAUCUGGAAUUAAUAAAACUCUACUUUCUUCUC